GAACAUUUCCGCCAGCGCAAAGAAGUAAACCCGAUGUAAAGCAGCUAGCUGGCUAACAGGCGAGAUCAACGACGUUGAGUCAAUUGCCUAUUUAGUGUAGUGUUUGUAGACAGAGGAUUACUAUCUAAGACAUCGAACUGUCUUUAUAUCAUAUAUGUAAACAGACAAAAGUAGAAUCAUUUGCUAAGGGAUUUGGCCACAUUUGCGCCAAAUCUGUCUCGCGGUUCAAGACCAUUCUCGCGAGAGGUUAACGCUAUCUAGCUGCCUGGCUAACUUAGCACGACGCGUACAACAGCAUAAAGUGCUUUUAUUGACUUUGUCGAAGAUUGCUGCAGCUGUUUUAUAUACAGUUUUGAAUAUUGAGGCGACCUACGUUUCUCAAUUUGUUGGUUUCAAAUUGAUCGUGUUUGACAGUCGAAGAUUGAUUUAAUUUUUGAAGACAACUUGGCUAGCUAGCUGUUAAGAUAUCGGAGGUUACUUCAGUCGCUUCACGCGUUCCAUUCAUCCACCCGAACUCAAAAUGUCGGAUUUUGAUGAAUUUGAGAGACAGCUGACUGAAAAUAAGCAAGGUGACAGUGUUAACGGCCAUGAGCGGGACAAAGAGAACCGGCACAGGCGGCGGAGUGGUUCUCGCAGCCGCAGUCGGGAGAGGAAGAGGAGAAGCAGGGAGAGAAGGAGCAGGGAGCGGCGCAGCAGCAGCAAGGACCGCAGACAUAGACGCAGUCAUUCCCCACACAGGGAGAAGAAGAAGAAAGUGAAAAAGUACUGGGAUGUCCCUCCUCCAGGUUUUGAGCACAUCACACCCAUGCAGUAUAAGGCCAUGCAGGCGGCUGGCCAGAUUCCUGCUACAGCCCUGUUGCCUACGAUGACUCCAGAUGGACUGGCCGUUACACCCACCCCGGUGCCUGUGGUGGGCAGUCAAAUGACCCGCCAGGCUAGAAGACUUUAUGUGGGUAACAUCCCAUUCGGCAUCACAGAGGAAUCCAUGAUGGACUUUUUCAAUGCUCAGAUGAGACUUGGAGGUCUGACUCAGGCUCCAGGAAACCCUGUCCUUGCUGUCCAGAUUAACCAGGACAAGAACUUUGCCUUCCUUGAGUUUCGUUCCGUGGAUGAAACCACGCAGGCCAUGGCGUUUGAUGGCAUCAUACUCCAAGGUCAGAGUCUGAAGAUCCGCCGGCCGCAUGACUACCAGCCGUUGCCGGGCAUGAGUGAGAACCCGAGUGUGUAUGUGCCAGGUGCGUCAACUCUGGAAUACGUCUCUCGAGUGGUGUCCACUGUAGUUCCUGACUCUGCUCACAAACUUUUCAUUGGAGGCCUGCCCAACUAUCUCAAUGAUGACCAGGUGAAAGAGUUGUUGACAUCCUUUGGACCACUAAAAGCAUUUAACCUUGUGAAGGACAGUGCCACAGGUCUCUCCAAAGGCUAUGCCUUCUGUGAAUAUGUUGAUGUCAACCUUAAUGAUCAGGCUAUUGCAGGACUGAAUGGGAUGCAAUUAGGGGAUAAGAAGCUCUUGGUCCAGAGAGCAAGUGUAGGAGCCAAGAAUGCUACUAUGACAAGUAUAAAUGAGACCCCAGUGACGCUGCAGGUACCUGGCCUGAUGAACAGCUCUGUAAAUCAGAUGGGUGGAAUCCCCACUGAGGUGCUGUGUCUCAUGAACAUGGUGGCUCCAGAGGAGCUGCUGGACGAUGAGGAGUAUGAGGAGAUUGUGGAGGACGUCAGAGAUGAGUGCUCCAAAUAUGGCCAGGUCAAGAGCAUUGAGAUUCCCCGGCCUGUCGAUGGCCUGGAGGUCCCCGGAACAGGCAAAAUCUUUGUGGAGUUCACAUCAGUGUUUGACUCUCAGAAAGCCAUGCAGGGCUUGACGGGGAGGAAGUUUGCCAAUAGAGUGGUGGUGACCAAGUACUGCGACCCUGAUGCGUACCACCGCCGAGACUUUGGCUAGACAGAAAUGAUCAGGAUCAAGAGACAAAAGAGAAGGCGGGAGCACAGUGGAGUGUCAAGGCAGAAUGAAUAGACAAAGUAGAUGACUUUUCUUUUUCUUUUUUUUUUUUUUUUAGUGCAAGUAAGAAGUGGAAUUUCUUUUAAAGGGGGUGUAAAGAUUAGUACAUUGCAAACAGCUGUGGCAGUGUGAGUUUGUAUUUUAAGAAAGCAGGGAAGAGGUAGUUAAUCAUUUUCUUUUUUGUUUGUUAUUCUUUGUUUUCUUUAACUAUACAUCAAACUAUUGUUAGGUGAUUGGAAAUAAUGACAUGGCUCCCUAAAAUAGAAAAUGGUGACUGGCAAAAAUUAGGGCAAAUGUGUUUUUCACUUUACAAAACAAGAGGCCGAACACCAAACAGAGAAGUCAUCUUUGAUCCGUCACUCUUUAUUCAUUACUUUUCUUGGUUAGGGAGCUGACUUCAUUGUUUCUGCUACUCUCACGUUCAGCUGUUUCUGUCUCCAGAUUUGGGUUUGUUUAAACCAUGGGUUAGAUUCUACCCAGCUUUGCUUGUCUUUUCCAGUACACAUCGCUGUCUCUUUCAAUGGCAAUGUUAUGUCAAGUCUCCUGUGGCGCCUUUGUCUCUGUGUGAAUUUGAGUAUAAUAGCCCUCUUUUGAUAAUAAAGCUGUUGAAAGUA